AUGGCUCCCCGUCCCAAAAAGAGGAGCCGGGCGUCGGGGCCCUCAGCGGCACCGGACGGCCAGCUAGCGGCGGAGAUAGGGGGCAUCUCGGCGAUCUUGCCGCUCCCGGCGACGGAUGCGCCCGAUCCCAAACCUGCUGGAGCCGGCGGGGACGGAUCCCGCUGGCAAGAACCGCCGGUUCAAGCUCGCGGAGGAGGGAGAGGAAACGCCGGCGUGAACAGCAUCGGCGUCGGCGAUCUACCCGACGCCGUCCUCCAGGACAUCAUCUCGCUCCUCCCCACCAAGGAAGCCGGCCGCACCCCGAUCCUGUCCUCCCGGUGGCGCCACCUGUGGCGCACCGCGCCGCUCAUCCUCGACUGCCUCCAGCUCCCCGCGGACCUCCCCGCGCUCUCCGGCGCCGUCUCCCGCAUCCUCGCCGCUCACCGGGGCCCAGGUCGGUGCUUCUGCGUCGACACGCGCCUGUUCCAUUCCAGCCCGGCAACCCUAGAUGCGUGGCUCCAGUCGCAGGCCCUCGACGGCCUCCAGGAGCUCGACAUGUGCGGCUUCCGGCGCCAGAACGAGCUCGCGGCGCUGCCGCCGCUGCCGCCGUCCACCUUCCGCUUCUCGCGCUGCCUCCGCGUCGCCGCGCUCAGCGAGUGCACCAUCUCCGACGGCGCCGCCAGGGCAUUCUAUUUUUCCCAGAUGAAGGAGCUCGAGCUCGAACGUGUGAGCAUUUCGGAGGCUUCACUGCACCGCGCCAUCGCCGGCUGCCCGAUCCUGGAGUGCUUGCUGCUCGGCCACAGCGUUGGCUCGCGCCGUGUCCGCAUCAAGUCGGCUACCCUCAGAAGCAUUGGUGUGUGCUCUCCAUUAUUGGAUGGUGUUGGCGCAUCGACAGGCAUAGUAGAGAUCAUCAUCCAGGACGCCCCUUCUCUGGAAAGGCUUGUAUUUCCUGAAGUUCACCAGGGCUUGCGAGUGUCGGUGAUUGCAGGUGCAGCACCAAAAUUGGAGACCUUGGGCUGCAUCUACGAUGUUGAUCCCUCCUCCAGGUUUGUGUUUGGCUCCAUGGUUAUUCAGGAUUUGCGUGUCGUUAGCUCAUCAAGGUCGGUGGUAUCUAGUAUCAAGGUCUUGGCAAUCAACUUUUAUCGUCUAAGCUUGGAUUUGGUUAUCGACUUACUGAUGUGCUUCCCAUGCUUGGAGAAGUUGUAUAUCCAGUCAUACCGGUCUGCCGGUAAUAAUCUAUGGCGCCGCAAACACCGCAAUCUUAUUCGAUCCUUUGACAUCCGUCUCAAGACAAUAGUGUUUCUGAGGUAUCGAGGCAUAAAAUCACAAGUAAGCUUUGCAACAUUCUUUCUAUUGAAUGCAAAACUGCUGGAGACGAUGAGAUUUGAGGGUGGACCCUACAUGGAGGAUGAAGACUUCAUUGCACGCCAGCACGAGUUGCUUCAGGUGGAGAAAAGGGCUUCCAUAGGUGCUAAGAUUGAUUUUGCGACUGAUAAAUGUGAUCAUUAUCUUACGCACGUCAAGCAUGUCCAUGAUCUGUCUAUAACAGAUCCCUUUGAAUGUACAUGCCCUGAAAGCCUCCAUGUGCGUCCCAAUCAUUGA